AUGGAGGGUACUGGCCAUGACUCUGACGUAAUUCAAUCACCAGAGCUGGAGGUGAAAAGGCUGUGCGCAUGUGCUGCAGCUCACGUGACUACACACCGCUUAAAAUCCCGCACUCCAGCACUCGUUCCGCUUGAACUGUUUCACGGGAGCAACCCCGGCUCAACGCAUCAUCAUCAGCAGGGGUCGGCGAUCCUCGCACGAGGCGACGAGUCUAGUGUGCAAAGCACGAUCAUGGCGCUAGUAUCUGGCCCAGGUAGGGCUGCUGGCACCUUAUCAGACCAGGAACUACACAUUGCAAAACAUGUGGCUUACAUUAAGAACCUGGAUACUCGGAAAGAUGAGCUAGAAUACUGGCUUACAGAGCAUUUGCGCCUCAAUGGUGUCUAUUGGGGAUUGACCGCGCUUCACCUACUGGGGCAUCCCGAGGCGCUGCCUCGUGAUCAGACCAUUGACUUUGUGCUCUCAUGCCAGAACGACAAUGGGGGGUUUGGUGCCGCCCCUGGCCACGACGCCCACAUGCUCUACACUGUAUCUGCAGUUCAGAUCUUGGUUACCGUUGAUGCAGUAGAUGAGCUUGACAGGCGUGGUCUUGGGGGCAAGCAGAAAGUUGGAUCCUUCAUCGCAAGUUUGCAGAAUAAGGAAGAUGGCUCUUUCAUGGGAGAUCAAUGGGGAGAGACAGAUACUCGUUUCCUUUACGGUGCACUGAACGCUCUGUCUCUGUUAAAUCUCCUGGACUUAGUCGACAUUCCCAAGGCUGUCUCGUAUGUACAAAGUUGCGAGAAUUUGGAUGGUGCCUACGGUGUCACACCUGGUGCAGAGUCUCACUCGGGUCAAGUCUUUACCUGCGUCGGUGCGCUAGUAAUCGCUGGACGCACGGAUCUUAUCAACCAAGAUCGAUUGGGCGCCUGGCUGAGUGAGCGUCAGACAGACAAUGGCGGCUUCAACGGUCGCCCAGAAAAGCUACCGGAUGCAUGUUAUGCCUGGUGGGUGGGAUCAAGCUUGGCCAUGAUCAACCGGCUUCAUUGGAUUGACGGCAAAAAGCUUGCUUCUUUCGUUUUGCAAUGUCAGGACCCCGAAGCUGGUGGCUUCGCUGAUCGCCCCGGUAACAUGGUCGACGUCUAUCACACCCUUUUUGGCAUCGCAGGGCUGAGUCUACUCGGGUAUGAAGGGCUGCAGGAAAUAGAUCCAAUUUACUGCAUGCCUAAAUCUGUCGUUGAACGAUGUCUUUCACAACGCUGA